UAAACCACCAUACUUCCUCGCUGACAUCGCAGACAUCACUUAACCGAGCGUUUGCACCUUCACGCCUGUGCAACUUCUGCCCGAGCUACCUGUUUUAAGCAAAGGUGCAGGUGACAUGUCUGCCCUACACCCUUGACAUUCUUCUUGCUUAGGCUAGCUUACGUCUAGGAACAGCUGAGCGGGAGAGCGGCAGAAGAAUGGCUUGUUCAGCGUGCUCUGCCAUCUACUUCCUCAACCUCCGGGGCGACAUCUUGCUUGAGCGAAAGUACAAGGAUGAUGUAGACCGGGAGAUCGCGGAGAGCUUCCGCGACCGCAUCUUGAAUGCACAGCAUCAAUCCGUCAACCCAGGCCAGUCUGGACCGAUCCGGACGCUUGGCUCGGUCACGUUCAUGUACCUGCGCCACUCGGACAUCUAUGUCUUGAUGCUCACUCGGAGUAACGGCAACGCUAUGCUGUCGUUCCGCUUCAUGACCUCGCUGGUGUCGCUGUUCCAAUCCUACUUCGAGGGCGACCUCAAUGAGUCGUCCAUCCGCUCCAACUUCGUGCUCAUGUACGAGCUGCUCGACGAGGUGAUGGACUACGGGCUCCCGCAGAUGUCGGAUCCGGCCAUCCUCAAAACGCUCAUCCUCCAAAAGGGCUACAAGUCGGAAGGCGGGCUGCUCGGGACAUCAGCGUCGGAGGCGGCGGCGAAGAAGGCCAAGGAGGCAGCAGCGGCGGCCAACGCCACGCUGGCGGUGACUGGCGCGGUGGGCUGGCGGCGGGAGGGCAUCAAGUACAAGCGCAACGAGAUCUUCCUGGACAUCGUGGAGCAGGUCAACGUGCUCAUGAGCCAGAACGGCACGGUGCUGCGCAAUGAUGUGGUCGGGCGCAUCCAGAUGAAGUGCUUCCUGUCGGACAUGCCCGAGCUGCGGCUGGGGCUCAACGACCAGAUGCAGGACGCGACCUUCCACCAGUGCGUCAACCUGGGCGCCUACGAGUCGCAAAAGGUGGUCACGUUCGUGCCGCCCGACGGCGAGUUCGAGCUCAUGCGGUACCGUGUGAACGACGGCAUCACACUGCCGUUCAAAGUGCUGCCGGUCAUCAGCGAGGUGGGCCGCACGCGCCUGGAGGCCAACGUCAGUGUCCGCUCCACCUUCUCCAACAAGAUGCAGGCGGGGCCUGUGGUGGUGUUGGUGCCGGUGCCGGACAACACCGCCUCCGCCAAGCUGCUUGUGACGGCGGGGCGCGCCAAGUACGACGCCACCAAGAAGGCGCUGGUAUGGAAGAUGUCCAAGUUCGUGGGCGGCGCGGAGCACACGCUGCGCGCCGAGGUGACGCUGGUGGCGUCCACGCGCGAGAAGAAGGCGUGGGGGCGGCCGCCCAUCCAGAUGCAGUUCCAGGUGCCGAUGCUGGGCGCCAGCGGGCUGCGGGUGCAGUACCUGCGCGUGGUGGAGCGGAAGCAGGGCAGCGCGUACAAGGUGGACAAGUGGGUGCGGAAGCUCUGCAAGAGCGGAGACUACCUCGUCCGGAUCUAGCGGCCCGACCCUGUGCCGGAGCAGCGGAGGAGCUUGUGGCGUUGUUUGGGUCGGUCUUGGAGGGAUGCGCCGGGUGGUCGCUGCCGCCGACUGUUUGGAGUAUGGCGGCUGCGGCAAUGGGGUGGGGCAUGAAUUCGAUGCAGGGGUCUUGCGUAGUUGCAGGAAGCCGGUAGAGUAUGCGUGUUUACCAUGCACAUGAUGCGGCGGCGACUGUGCGAGAACUUUGGAGGAGUACGGAGGGUCAGGCCUGUGCUGCGCCUGGCUCCAGCAGGCAGAGUGCAACGCUUCGUAUGUGGAGCGUUCAGAGAACGGGACGUGGCCGGCAGUCGGGGGGGGGGUCAGGGGUUGCCCCAGGGGCACUGGAUGUGUGAUGGGACAGGGUUCAGGCAGGGCACUGGAUAGGCGCCAGGAACCGGCCCUCCUUGCCCGGGCUGCCUGCAAGCCAUCCUGUCACCCAGCCACUGCCAAACACCGUCACUUCAAGUCCUGGUGCGGCAUUACCAGGUGCAAGAUGCGAAAUGCGAG